GAAGAGCCGGUUCUCCAGUGACGGAGCCGAGCUGAACGCCUGCCCACUGCGAAAACACAAAUAAAAACUUUAAUUGCCGAGUACAUGCGACGAGUUCUCGACUUUCUCAACUCCUCUCCAGCCUGAAGCGGUCCAUGGGCCGUUCUGGGCUCGGCGCGUUGGCAGCGUUUGUCAGGAAUGUUUAGUGACUAUCACCCAGGCUGCCAGAGGCUCGGAGUGUCUCUGCUUCCGUCCGAAGCUGCAUUAGGACCAAAAGAGGCGUCUACGUAAAGACACACACACACACACACACACAAACCAUCACAAAAACAGCAGGACUCAUACAAACAGAUAUGGACAACUCUUAUCCUCAGCGUUACCGUGCAGAUAAGAUCCUGGGAGCCACUUCUACAGAGAGAGAGAGUCUACACCCUGCAGACGGCAUGCUCAGCACUUCCAAACCCUUGGCUUUCUCCAUCGAGCGAAUAAUGGCCCGGACUCCGGAACCAAAGAGUGGUCCUUCGCCAACCGAGCUGCCAGGCUCGCUGUGCAAGGGCGAGCCUAAACACGUGUUGCACCUGAACUCCUCCGUGCCCUGUAUGAUACCCCUGGUGCCCUUGGCUUACGACACUCGCUCGAAAGCUGGCCUCAGCGCCUCGGAGCCCCGCAAAAGCCACCCGGAGGCUCCGUACGAGUGCGGCCGCGCGGCCGGUUGCAGGCUCUCUCCCCCGCUGGAGCAGUACAGGGUCAUCCGUCCUCGGGUGGUUCACCAGUCCUCUUUCCAUGCCAUGGGCGCUCUGUGCUACCUGAACUGCGCCGAGAACCCGUGCACCCCGCCGGCCACUAUCUUCAACGUGCACCCGAUGGCCUCUUACCUGCUGGGCUCCCCACUGGGGCUGCAGCAGAAAGCAGUCCUCGGAGACAGGAACAAGCUGGUGUUGCAACCCGCGGUGGAGAGGUACCCUGCGGCUUUCAAAGAGCUCUCGCCCGCUCAGUUGCAGCAUUAUGUGAAGGAAAGCGCUCAGUUCCUUUCCGAGAAACUCAGCUUGAAGCAUUCCUCCAAACUCGGCAACUCCUCGCAGAACAACAAGCCCAAAGUGUUCACCUGUGAAGUCUGUGGCAAGGUCUUUAAUGCCCAUUAUAAUUUAACCCGUCACAUGCCGGUGCACACUGGAGCUCGACCAUUCGUUUGUAAAGUCUGUGGCAAGGGAUUUCGCCAGGCCAGCACUUUGUGCCGACACAAGAUCAUUCACACCCAGGAAAAACCUCACAAAUGCAACCAGUGUGGAAAAGCGUUUAACAGGAGUUCCACACUCAACACUCACACCCGAAUCCACGCAGGUUACAAACCCUUUGUCUGCGAGUUCUGUGGGAAAGGCUUUCACCAAAAAGGUAAUUACAAGAACCACAAGCUGACGCACAGCGGAGAGAAGCAGUUUAAGUGCAGUAUCUGCAACAAAGCUUUUCAUCAAAUCUACAACCUCACCUUCCACAUGCACACUCACAACGACAAGAAGCCCUUCACCUGCUCCGCCUGUGGCAAAGGCUUCUGCCGGAACUUUGAUCUAAAAAAGCACGUCAGGAAGUUGCACGACAGCUGCCCCGGACCCCGUGCCUUAGCGGCGGACAUGUCGGCAGAGGAGCAAUCUCGGAAAUAACCAGUCAAGAGGCGGCAGACGCACAGCCAGCAUUCAUACAUAUAUAUAUAAAACUCCAUAUAUCGUGUAACCAUUGGGUACAGUUUGCAUGCAGAUUUCUAUGAUCCACAGAUAUGAAUAAGGAUUCAGACACGGAGAUUGUUGGGACUUGAAAGCCUUUUAUCUAAAACAGUUUGGGGAACUAUUUCGCUUCAUCUCAGGUUUGCAGAGAUGUUUUAAAAAUAUAUAAUGUAUUUAUUUGGAGUUUUUCGAGUUUAUUGGUGCAUGGAUUUCGUUCGUUUGAAUAUUCUCAUUCUCACCUAGUUAUAGGUUAUAUUCGCGUUCAUUAAAUUCGCUGGAAAUGGAGAUGGCGGGGCUUUUAUUGCGGGGUGGUUGAGUGGUGGCGAUAAUUAUUAUCUUGAUACCCUCUCUCUCUUCGAUGUUAAAAAAACAGCCCCCAUUUCUGUGUGUUUAAAGGAAUGUCCAUCCACACCAGGAAGAGAAAUUGUUACGACGUGACUGAUGUAUGUUCUGAACAUUAAAUAAAUUCUCACAAUUC